GCAACAUCGGCUACGACCACUUCUACAUUCACGGCAUGGAAUAUCCGGUUGUCAGCGAUUUCGACUUCUCGCUUGGGGUGCCGCGGCCACGUGACGAGGCGCACCUUUGGGCAGUCAAGGCCUUCUAUGCCACCACACGGAACAUGAUGAUCCUUACCACAGGUGAGCUCGAUCAGGGAUCUCUUCCCUCCGCCCUUGCGGCCAACCUUUAUGCAACAAGGCGCUUGGUGAACGUGCCAUUCAUGCUUCGCGAAGAUUGUCAGGCUGUUGUGGAGGCUCUUAGAGCUCACAAGCUCUCCUUCGUCGGAUCCGUGCAGGAUCACAACCAUGAGCGGAUGCUUUUUCUAAGGGCGUCGGCGCUGGAGUUCGGAAGCGCCCUCACAAAGCACGCGGAAGGACUUCUUUGGUCUGUGAAUACUCCGAAGCUCUUUCUCCGAGCUCUGGUCCCUCAGGGCUUUGGCGGCACCGCUACCCACGUUCUGAACAACAGCCGCCGUGAGCGUUUGGCUCUGCAGCGGCGAAGUCUGAAGAAGCUGUGCCGGAGCCCAGUUGAAAG